CGCGCCGACAACGAGCAAUGGCACCUCCGCAGUCGACGACGAUCGCACUCAUCAAGCCCGACUGCGCGACGGGGUACCGCGCUCCAGGAGAAGGAGACACAACGAAGAAUGGAACGAUUCUCGACGAAAUCAUGCAGCGGAUCAAGGCAGAAGGAUUUACAAUCACCCAACGACGAACUCUCCAGUUGUCGAAAUAUCAGGUGCGACAGCUUUACAGGCAUUCAUGGGAAGACCCUGAAUUGGAUGCGGUCUUGGACUUUAUGGUAAGCGGGCCGUGUAUUGCGAUGCAUCUUGAAAGAGACAAUGCAGUCGAGCACUGGAAGGCUGUGAUGGGACCCAUGGACCCUGCCAAAGCUAAGACAGUGGCAUCUCCCAAGCCACUGCUUCGUGGAGUGUACGGCUCGACGCCCGUGCGAAAUGCCUUUUACGGCAGCGAAACCAAGCUGUGUGCAUUGCGCGAUCGAAUGCUACUCUUUCCAACCCCCUCGCCUGUGAUGCAGCAAGCGCUGGCCAUUGUUAAACCCACAGCUUUAAAUUUCGUCGAUACUUUGUCUGUCAAUUUUGAGCGGGAAGGUUUCUUUAUCAUGGACCAAGUGAAAAUCUCUAUCGAAUCGGACGAAGAGAUGCUGCUCUUAUCUGAAUCCAACGACCCUGCCUACGACUCUGAGCUCAAGUUGGCCAUGACAACUGGCCAGGCUGUGGUGUUCCUUCUGGAGGGAAUGAACAUUGGCGACAAACUCGAGCUGUUGUUGGGGCCAGCGGACCCAGCAGAGGCCCAGGUAUACUUUCCGACCAGCAUCCGGGCGCGACUGGGUGUGUCGUUGGCCAACAACUGCGUUUUUCCGUUGCACUCGGUCUCGGCAGUGUCGCAGUACAUUCAAAAGUGGUUUCCUGCCUUUUUGGCGCUCGAGCCCGAGCACACGCUGGCGAUAAUCAAGCCGGAGACUGCAAACGACCACGCUGACGAAAUACAAAACAUCAUUGUGGCCAACGGGUUUCGCAUUGACCGCCAGAGUCGACGACUGUUGACUCGCGAAGACGCCAUGGAAUUCUACGCCGAACACAAGGGAAAGGCAUUCUACGAGAAGCUGGUGGCGUACAUGACCAGCGACGUGGUCAUUGUAAUGAUUCUCGUUCGCGUGAAAGCAAUCUAUGCGUGGCAAAAAUGUAUGGGUCCGACCAAUUCGCUCACCGCCAAGGAACAGUACCCCAGUUCCAUUCGUGGGCGAUAUGGCAUCGACGGCACGAGAAACGCCACACACGGCAGCGACUCUCGGCAAAGUGCCGACCGAGAGAUCCAACUUGUGUUCAAUAUCCCGCCCGCUGUUGCACUAGAGGCAUCCAUUUCAACGAAGGAUGUAGCAGCAAGGCCAAUCAAGCAAUUGAGCCCAGACAAAACACUCCACGAAGCUCUGGCGCGAGGAGUUACGCUCCUCUGCCAGCAGGACCCGAAAUUGGACGGCCUGGACGCAAUCGCGUGGCUGGGACAGUACUUGACCAGCUAUUCCACACUUGCCAUGCCCGCGUCUGUCGUAGCGGCGACAGCUCCGGCCGCCGCCCACCUCGUUCGACGACCACAACCAGGCAAACCUGCGGAUUUGGGCAUUCCAUCGUUGGCAGCGUUGUAUAUCGUGGGAUUUUUUGGCCAUGGCGCGAAUCGAACGCUUCUUGCGAAGAAAAUAGCCAAAGAUUUUAGUUACCACUACAUGGAUAUCGACGUCGUUCUCGACAAGAAAGAUGCAAAUGAAGAUAGCAUGGUCGCCAUCGUCAAGGCGUUCAAACGAUGCGUGUCGAAGCGCAUCAUUUUGGACAAGUGCCCGCCAGAUUUGACAUUUUAUCUGUCGUUCCAACGACACGUGGCCCGGUUUGCGUGGAUCACUGUCGUCGGCGACGAUGUUGGCGACCACAAGCCGCCCCAUCCCCAUGCGUCGCCUCUCGCGCCAGACCUUCCGUUUUCUGUUCAUGCAGCGAGCGAGCGAGAAUUCUUCGAUUACUUUCAUCGGUUUGGUCUGCUGCACUACGUUUCCCCACGCCCUCAUUUGGACGAAGCAUUCACGAAGCAUGCCUGUUUGCCAGACAUUUACGGCGCGUUUUGUCCUCGACUUUUGCUCGUCCGCGACAGGAACCGAGUCAUCCGACCCGAGCAAUGGGACCAGUUGGGUUUGCAAUAUCGGUGGAAUGUAUUGGACUUUUCCAUUUUGCUGGAGAGAGAAGUCGCCCGGGAAGCGACCAAGACCCACGCCGGCGAGUACACAACGAUGUUUCGAACCAAGGAAAUGAUGCCGUUCGACAUGAUCGUGCGGUUGCUGGCGCAGGCCAUUGCUAAGACGGCUGCGAUUCCCCGCUUCGUGAUCACGAACGUUCCUUCGCAUGCGUUGACUGGUGCAUUCGUGACGCUGCUGGAUACAACCGUUCGGGCGAGUCCCACCACGCAGUUGGUGAAUGUAGAACCCCAUCCAAUUUGGGAUGCCAAGCUACCAAUGACGCAAUUCGAAUGGCGUAGUCAUGCCGUCGGCCACCUCGUUUCCAUUUGGGUGGACGGGAUAGCGACCACCGACCACUUGCGCUCUCUCCUGCAGCCGCUUUUGGCACCAACGCUCGCGCUGUCAAUUGACGAGGGGAGUACCUGUGGCGGCGGCGCAGAUAUCACGUCGGUGGCGCGGACGCGGGGUUUUCUCAAGCUGAGCGCCAAGGAUGCGUUGCGAGCGGAAGUACUUGCGGGUUCUGUCGAUGGCCUGCACAUCCAAGAACAAGUCCAAGCCAACGAACCUAUACAGGAUGAUUUAGUAGUGCGCGUGCUGCAAAAGGUUGUGUUACACCCGAGCCAUCGCCGCGUCAUCCUCGACGACUUUCCAGUCACGGUGGAACAGGUCAAGGCACUUUCAGACCAGAUCGCGGUACCGUCGCUGGUCAUCCGCAGCCAAGAGCCCACAACGCCAUUCCAACAAAACCUGCUGGCGCACUUGGCUCUGUCGCAUCCAGUUGUGUCGCCAUUCGGCCCCAAUCUUCAAGCGCAUUUGAGUCAGCUCUCUGCUUCCGUGGUGCUUGGCGAUGUGUCGGACUUGAGUUUGUCGCGUCUGGAGCGCCAUUUUCAAACAAAAGGAGUGCACGUGCUGUCCCUUGCCCACGUCGAAUCGAGCGUGGAAGCCAUGUGGUCCCAGCCAGGCCACCCCAUCGACGAUCGCUCGUUCGUCGAGUUAGUGUGCGCAAUGCUUCGCCAGCGAAAUCUGCAUCGAGUGCUCUUUAUUGGGUUUCCUCGCACGCUUCUGGAGGCCAAGACUUUUCACAGCGUUGGCGUUGCCAUGGACCACGUUACGGUGCUGACGAAGAAAGUGCUCCCCGUGCCCCAUGCGCUCACCGAUGAAGACUUCUACUCGUCGGACGAAGAAGAAAAAGCCCGCAAGAAGAACGCACCGGAGCCGCAAUUGAGUCAGCUCACGCGGUACUUUACGGAAACGUCGCCCCAUGCAUUCCAUGCCACCACAUACGUUGAUAUUGGACGGGUGUAUCCCCAACUUGAAGCGCUUUUCCGACCACGAGUGUUCUUGGCCGUGGGCAACAAAGCCAGUGGGUUCCACAGUGCCGUCCAGCGGGCCGCCCAGUCCUCCAACUGCGUUUACGUUCACGUACCAACCCUCCACGCUCAUCAUGUGACGCGAUUUCCGUCGAGCGAUCGCGCCAAGCGCAUCCAAGCCGCAUGGGCCGAGCGGCGUUUGGUGGAUGUGGCGAUCACGAUGGACCUCGUGAAGUUGGAAGUGUUGCGGCACCCGAUAUCGACACGAGUAGUCCUGACGGGGUUCCCACGGGUCAUUCGCAAUACCAUGCCGUAUGUCCACGACCAGCUAAUGGCCUUGGCCGAACACGUUGGACACGUUGACCAGCUCCUGCACUUCACGACAUCUCCCGCGACGCUCGCAGCCCGUGUGGGGGAUGUCGAAGUUGUCCAUGCUCACACGGAUGCUUUCAACGCCGAGAACCUACCACUCGUCGACUUGUACGUCAAGCUCAACAAAGUUGUGACCACGCUCAGCGCCGACGUGUCGUUGGACACGUUGACCCAACAAGUUCAGACGGUCUUGGUCGAGUAACCCGUUUUCAUCGAAACCAGCAGCAAUGAAUUGAUUCCAAGAUGCACAUUUCAACUCGCCUCUCGUCGUGUGCUGCACAGCCGCAACCUGGACCUCGUCGUUGCAUAUUCUUCCAUUGUCGACAACUCGCUACGCGGAUAUUCCCAGAUCAUGACGCAGUGCAUUGCGCUCGUGGCCCAGCGAGCACGAGGACGUGAGAUAUUGUCAUGGCCAGCAGCACGAGGGAACGACGAUGCAACGAGGGUCGAGUGUGGGGCGGGCAUGUCGGGCAAUCCCCAAGGGGAUAUCAUAAAUUGAGACCCGCCCAGUGGGCGUGUCCACGGGGGUUGGAUUAGUUUUCAACUAGCAAUCACGAUGCAUCAGCAUAAGCUUCACACACGAUCGUAUUGCC